CACCGGCGGGAGGGCGCACAGGCCUUCCUGUCGGACUGGCCGCAGGCCUUCUCCUCGGGUCGCGGUGACCUGAGCGGCGGCGGGGCGCUGCUGGUGUUCCUGCCGGGGGCGCCGGAGAUAAGCAGGCUGCAGCGGCUGCUCCUCUCCUCGGACAAGGUGUUGAGCGCUGCGGGCGGGUCGGCGGGGCUGCGGGUGCUGCCGCUGCACGGCUCACUGUCCUCCGCGGAACAGUCGCGGGUGUUUGGCAGGCCCCCCGCCGGCUGCUUCAAGGUGGUCCUCUCCACCAAUGUGGCGGAAACUUCCAUCACCAUCGACGACGUCACGGCGGUGCUGGACACGGGUCGGGUCAAGGAGAUGAGCCAUGACGCGGAGCGGGGCAUUCAGAGGCUGCAGGAGGGCUGGGUCAGUCAGGCGGCCGCGCAGCAGCGCCGCGGGAGAGCGGGUCGUGUCAGGCCCGGCAUCUGCUUCCGCCUCUUCAGCAGCCAGCAGUGGCGCCGCAUGCCGCACCACACGCAACCCGAGAUGCUGCGCUCGCCGCUGGAGAGCGUUUGCCUGCUCGUGAAGGGAAUGACGGAAGCCGCCGCAGCCGCCGCAGGCGGCUCCACCACCUCCACCUCCACCGAUACCCUCUCCUCCUCCGACCUUAGCAGCACCCUUGGCAGCAGCAGCGGCGCCGCAGCCUUCCUAUCGCGCUGCUUGUCGCCCCCCUCUCCAACCGCCGUGUCUAGCGCGCUGCGGCUGCUGCGAGGCAUCGGCGCGUUCGACAGCUCGGAGUCGCUCACCAGCCUGGGUCGGCACCUCAACCGCAUGCCGAUGGACCCACGGGUCGGCAAGGCGCUGGUGUACGGCUGCAUGCUGGGCUGCUUGGAUCCGGUGCUGACAGUGACAGCGGCCAUGGCGCAUGGCCGACCCGUGUUCCUCAACUUGCAGAGCGCCCUGGAGGGGGCGGCCGCAGCUCGGCAGCAGCUGCUGCGGUCCGCAGUCACAUCCCGCAGCGACCACAUUGCGCUGGUGGCGGCGUACAAUGGCUGGAUCAAGGCGGUUGAAAAGGGCGGUCGCUCCGCCGGCUCGCAGCUCUGCUCCGACUGCGGCCUCUCGGAGUCCUCGCUGGAGGCAAUUCGGGCGGGACGGGUUGAGUACGCGCGAGUGCUGGGGGAGCUCGGGUUCCUGGAGAGUGACCCGUGGGUCAUUGCGGCGGCAGCAGGCGCCGGGACCGGGGCUGGCCAGCAGCAGCAGGGCGGAGCAGACAAGGAGGACCCGGCGAACCGCAAUGCGGGUAACGCUCGCUUCUUGAAGGCGGCACUGUGUGCCGGGUUUUACCCGAGUGUGCUGCGAGUGCAACACCCCAAGACCAAGUACAAAGAGGUGUACGGCGGUACGGAGGAGGCGGAGGCGGACGCCAAGGACGUCAAGCUGUUCGACCGGGAGCGCGGCCGCGUGUUCCUGCACCCCGGCUCCGUGUGCUUCAGCGUGGGCAAGUACGAGAGCGGGUGGCUGGUAUACACGCAGAUGACGGAGAUGAUUCGCGAUGGUCGCCCCAAGCUGCUGGUCCGCGAGGCUUCCAUGGUGCCCGUCUACUCGCUGCUGCUGUUCGGGGGCGAGGUGGCGGUGGAGCAUGCG